UAGAGUUUGGAUUUCAUAUGGAAAUCUAUGAGGGGAAUCCUGUCAGUAGUCGCAGCUAUAACAUGCGGGUUUUGAAUGUGCUGGAGAGGGGGCGUUUAAGUUCCCUGAAAUUUAGCAGAAUCAGAAACGGUGACGCCAACGGCGGCUACGAAGACGAUGCUUUCGUUGAACGGCAGUUGUUGUAUCGAAAGCUUCCUGAUCAGAAUCUUCUCAAUCUCUCCAUUCUAAAGCUCGACGGUUCCCUUUUUGAUGUAAAUGUAGAAAGGAAUGCUACAGUUGCAGAGCUUAAGGUAGCAAUAGAGGAACUUUUUGCAGAAUUGCCAGGGGAAACUCAAUGCUGUAUUUCAUGGUCACAUGUUUGGGGGCACUUUUGCUUGGUUUAUGAAGGUCAGAAGCUGGUUGACAAUAAGGCUUGCGUUAGAAAUUAUGGGAUCAAAGAUGGUGAUCAGCUUGAAUUUGUCAAACACGUGUCCGUCAACCAAGCACCUAUUAGAAGACGUAUAAAACAGCACACUCUUCCCUGCAAAUGGUACUCAAAUCCGAUAAAACCCUUGUUUAUUCUAUGAUCUUCAGUGGUAUUAGAUGUUGAUGAUGUUGAGGCAUGCCAUGUUUUAUCUUCUUUUUCAAUUAAUCAAUGUUUCAUGGUGCUCUGCGCAUAGCUUGUCACAAAGAUCUAGUUAUGAAGUGAGACAACAGAA